AUGUUCGACGAUUGCAAGGAUGGGUUGGUGCUUGCUAAGUUGAUCAACGAUAGCGUUCCGGACACGAUCGACGAGCGCGUGCUGAACCGACCGGGGGUGAAGAUCAAGACGUUGAAUGCGUUCCAUAUGACUGAAAACAACAAUAUCGUCAUCAACUCGGCGAAGGGUAUUGGCUGCUCGGUGGUCAACAUUGGUAGCGGCGAUAUCAUCGAGGUUCGGGAGCAUUUGAUUCUUGGAUUGAUUUGGCAGAUCAUCCGGAGAGGUUUGCUUGGAAAAAUCGAUAUCAAACUGCAUCCGGAGCUGUACCGAUUGCUGGACGAGGAUGAGACUCUGGAACAGUUCCUACGACUUCCACCGGAGCAGAUCUUAUUGCGUUGGUUCAACUACCACCUUAAGAACGCCAAAUGGAAUAGGACCGUCUCCAACUUCUCCACCGACGUCAAAGAUGGCGAGAACUACACCGUCCUCCUCAACCAACUCGCCCCCGAUGUAUGCUCCCGCGGCCCCCUCCAGACUCGCGAUCUCCUCCAACGCGCCGAGCAAGUCCUCGACAACGCCGACAAGCUGGAAUGCCGCAAAUUCCUGACCCCCACCUCCCUUGUCGCCGGCAACCCGAAGCUCAACCUCGCGUUCGUCGCGAACCUCUUCAACACGCACCCCGGCCUCGACCCGAUCACCGAGGAAGAAAAAGCCGACAUCGACGACUUCGACGCCGAGGGCGAGCGCGAAGCCCGCGUCUUCACCCUGUGGCUCAACUCCCUCGACGUGCAACCGACAGUGGUCUCCUUCUUCGACGACCUGCGUGACGGCGUCGUGCUACUGCAGGCGUUCGACAAGGUGAUCCCGGGCACGGUCAACUGGCGGCACGUGAACAAGGCACCGGUGAGCGGCGGCGAGCUGAUGCGGUUCAAGGCGCUGGAGAACACUAACUACGCGCUCGAGCUGGGCAAGCAGAACCAGUUCAGCCUCGUGGGCGUGCAGGGGGCGGACAUCACGGACGGGCAGCGUACGCUGACGCUCGGGUUGGUGUGGCAGCUCAUGCGGAAGGACAUCGUGUCGACACUAUCGUCGCUAGCGCAGCAGAUGGGAAAGCGAGAGAUUACGGAUACGGAUAUGGUACGGUGGGCAAACGACAUGGCUAAGAAGGGAGGAAGGAGCUCAACGAUUCGGUCGUUUAAGGAUCAGUCGCUGGGGAAUGGCAUCUUCCUCCUGGAUGUGCUCAAUGGGAUGAAGAGCAGUUACGUCGACUAUGACCUCGUGGCGCCGGGCCGAACGGAUGAGGAGGCGUAUGCGAAUGCGAAGUUGGCCAUUAGCAUUGCGAGAAAGAUGGGCGCGACGAUUUGGUUGGUGCCGGAGGAUAUUUGCCAAGUGCGGAGCCGGCUGGUCUUGUCGUUCAUCGGCAGCUUGAUGAAUACUUAUGAGAGAGGCAUGCACUAG